AUGGGGUAUGGCGGUGAUCAGGACGCUGCUUUGGGGUAUGGCGGUGAUCAGGACGCUGGUAUGGGGUAUGGCGGUGAUCAGGACGCUGGUAUGGGGUAUGGCGGUGAUCGGGACUCUGGUAUGGGGUAUGGUGGUGAUCAGGACGCUGGUAUGGGGUAUGGAGGUGAUCAGGACGCUGGUAUGGGGUAUGGCGGUGAUCAGGGCACUGGUAUGGGGUAUGGCGGUGAUCAGGACGCUGGUAUGGGGUAUGGAGGUGAUCAGGACGCUGGUAUGGGGUAUGGAGGUGAUCAGGACGCUGGUAUGGGAGUAUGGCAGUGAUCGGGACUCUGGUAUGGGGUAUGGCGAUGAUCAGGACGCUGGUAUGGGGUAUGGCGAUGAUCAGGACGCUGGUAUG